CCUCUCUUCCCUUCAGCUUCCCUUCCCUGCGCCAGAGAUCAAUGGCCUCUUCUUCGUUCUCUCUGUGUCUCUGCUUUCUUUCUCUGUAUUCUGCAAUAGCCAUGGCUGCCCAGCCAAGAAAGCCCAUUGACGUACCGUUUCAGAACAAUUAUGUGCCCACUUGGGCUAGCGAUCACAUCAAGUAUAUCAACGGCGGCAACGAAGUUCAACUCUACUUGGACAAAUAUACAGGCACGGGCUUUCAGUCAAAGGGUUCUUACCUUUUUGGGCAUUUCAGUAUGCGAAUGAGAUUGGUUCCAGGAGAUUCUGCUGGCACUGUGACUGCAUUUUAUCUUUCUUCACAAAACUCGGAGCAUGAUGAGAUAGAUUUUGAGUUUUUGGGCAAUAGGAGUGGCCAGCCUUAUAUCCUACAGACUAAUGUGUUUACGGGAGGAAAGGGAGAUAGAGAGCAGAGGAUUUAUCUCUGGUUCGAUCCUUCAAAAGGAUACCAUUAUUACUCUAUUCUCUGGAAUUUGUACCAGAUUGUGUUCUUUGUGGACGAUGUGCCAAUAAGAGUGUUCAAGAACAGCAAAGACCUCGGCGUUCGCUUUCCCUUCAACCAACCCAUGAAAAUCUACUCGAGCCUAUGGAAUGCGGACGACUGGGCGACAAGAGGCGGCCUUGAGAAGACCAACUGGGCCAAUGCCCCCUUCAUUGCGGCCUACCAAAGCUUCCAUAUCGACGGCUGCGAGGCUUCAACCGAAGCCAAGUUCUGCGCCACGCAAGGCAAGAGAUGGUGGGAUCAGAAGGAGUUUCAGGACCUCGAUGGCUUACAGUACAGGCGACUUUACUGGGUUCGUCAGAAGUUUACCAUUUAUAACUAUUGUUCUGAUCGCUCCCGUUACCCUGCUGUGCCGCCGGAGUGUCACCGCGACAGAGAUUUCUGAUAUUGGUGGCUUUGGAGUUCUGCACUGUAUGUGUUCGAUGAAAUGCUUGAACGAAUACGGCACAUGUUGGCGGUAUGUGUAAUGGUGAUUCUAGCUUAUUUUAGAGAGAUAUAUAUGUAUGUUGAGCUCUCAGCAAUUGAGUCAUGUCAUCAGAAUUCUAAGAAGAAGUUGCCUUUGCCUUACUCAA